CUGUGCAUUAAUUGAACGUGUUUUUGGUAAACUACCAUCACUAGUGCUCACAUAACCCUCUGCGGCUUUUGCCUAAUAGAAAAGAACACAACUGUACACAAAAUGCAAAUCACACGUCUUGUGCUGCGUCAACUGAGACGUCAAAUCAAUGUUCAACGUCAGUACAGCGCUGCUGCUCCGGCUGCAGCUGCCGCAGCUGAGAAACUCGUGCCACCAGUGCCGGAAGGUGUAGCCAAGCCACCUAAUCCAAAACUAGACAGCAUUGUCAACAACAUAGCCGCCCUCAAUCUGCUCGAGGUAGCUGAACUUAGCACGCUGCUAAAACAGAAGCUAAAUCUGCCAGAGACUGCAUUUGCGCCGCAAAUUGCGGCUGCCGGCCCAGCUCGUGGUGCAGCAGCCGAUGAUGAAGAGGAGGCAGCGCCCAAGAAAGUGCAAACCUCCUUCAAGGUGAAGAUGAUCAAGUUCGAUGAGAAACAAAAGGUGGCGCUAAUCAAAGAGGUCAAGAAUCUGCUCGAGGGCAUGAACCUGGUGCAAGCCAAAAAGUUUGUAGAGAGCGCGCCAACCAUAGUGAAAGAGGACAUUACCAAAGAGGAGGCCGAGAAACUGAAGGAGGCGCUGGCCAAGGCGGGCGCAGUCAUUGAAAUUGAAUAAGCUAAAACUAGUUAUUUGUUGUAAUAAAAAACCCAUACAGCACA